GAGGAUGCAGGACAGUGUUGAGUGGUCCUGAGCUCGGACUUCUGACUGCAGACAGAAGUGGUCGCGAUCACCACGAGGACAGUCAGAAAUCACGCUCUUGGAUCAGAUUUCUGUUGUUGUUGUUGGUUGGUUUUUUUGGUCCGGUCCCCCACCCCCUCCGAAUCCUUCAAUAAUUUAUCUUGGCUCACGAGAGCAUGACGGAGCUCGGACUUGCACAUUCGGGAUGAUCUUAAUAAUGGUUCGCUUCAAACGCACAUUACCACGGAGCUGCAGUUGAGGUUUCAAUAUCAAAGUCCGACUGGAUUCCCGCAGCGUGAUGGAUACAAAUGAGUUCACAGUACUGAAACUUUUUGUCGUCGGGAUUUUGGUCAAUGCCUGGAUGAUGAGGGGGUUGUCAGCCACUGACAGUUUCAACAUAGAGCCCACUCCCCCCCGGCCGAAGAAACCCUGCAAUGAGUCCCGUCUGCAGUUGGGGGUGGAGGUCUGUGGAGAGGGCUUCAAGCGGGACAUGGGUCACAUAGAUCCACAGUACUGGUGUAACCUCACACACUUCAUCAGUGAGUACCACCUCUUCACCCUCUGCACAGAGAAAAAGGCCGAAAACGUCAGCUGCUACUGGCCCAAUCCGCUGGUGGAGAGCUACAUCAUCCUGAUACACAAGCACUUUUUCUCCAACUGCCCCAUGGAUCAGGUGGUAUGGGUGGACCCGCCGGACGACAAGCUAACCAUCCUCAUCCUCAUCCCUGUUGUCCUUACAUUGGCCAUGAUCACACUGGUGGUCUGGUGCAGCAAGAGGAGUGAUAUCCUGGCUUAGGAGGAGAGGAAGAUGGAAGAUUGAAGAAGAUGGAGACGGGCUGAGUUUGGACCUCUCCACUAAAACAAUUCUGUAUAGAGGCGUGCACAAAGGUUUUGGAAGGUUGCUUCAGCUGGUCAAAUUACCUCAUAAGUGAUGCCACAAAUCACAUAAACUUUCAAGGAAAAUGUGGAAGGUAUUGCCUUGGAGUACAAAGUAGUAUUAUCUUUAAUAUUUUAAAAUACAAUAUAAAAAACAGAAGAAUGAUACGUUUUGGAGCAGCACCUGAACAAGAAAUAGUAAAGAACCCCCCAUAAAACCACAACUUAUCGCUUUUUACACUUUGUAAAACAAGAUAACACAGUUAAUUACAGAGCUUUAGAGGUGCUGGUAGGUGGAUUUUGUUACAUUUGGAUGGAGCCAUAUUAGCUGUUUACCUUGUAUCCAGCCUUAAAUGAAUACUUCACUCACAAAAUGACCAUUUUUAUGCCAAUUAAUCAUCACGUGUUACCUGGGAUUCUGGAAGAAAACUCUUCGGAACUGAAGUGUUUUAAAUAGUCCAAUUUUGGCAACAAUGCAUGUGUUAGUGAUGUACUGAGCAUGCUACUGGAUUAACAAAAGUUUAUUGCACAUGUGUGCGAGUUUGUAAACGGAUAAUGAUAUAGUUCUGCUGUUAUUAAACGAGGGCCCCAUUUACUUUGUUUUCCUCAAGAAUUCAAGGUAACACAUGGUGAGUAAUUGAUAUACAAAUGGUAAUUUUAAGGGUGACGUAUUCCUUUAAACUAAGCUAAGCUAACCAGCUGCUUAUUUUUUAGCGUAGAGACACGAAAGAGUAUUGUAUGUAUUGACCUUCUCAUUUAUCUCUUGACUAAAAAAAGCAAAUAAGCCUAUUUUCCCAAAUGGUCGAACUCUUUCUUAGAGACACAGAGGAGUUUGACUCUGACAUCACUCAAUGGGUAAAUUGACCAGCGUGACAAUCGACCAAAUCUUUGGGCAUUCGUUGAAGCUCAUGGAUCUGGAUCGCUGACGUCGGAGAUUUAUGUCAGACCUCUGAACCUUUGCUGAAGUCCAAAGUAUCCACUAAGCCUCUGAGGCAGUGACUGAAGUCUAAACUGGUGGGAAAUGACUCCCAGAAAACAACAUUGUAACAUGAUACUGUAUGAUGGCUUGGAGAAAAGAAAAUAAGCCAAAUUUGGACUUAAUACUGAUUCUGCAAGUUUUAUCUUACUGUUGAGUUCCUUAAAAUGGCUGUCGCCACUGGAAAGGAUACACUGGUUGUGCAACCCAAAAACAAAGCAACACGACGAUCCAUACAUUUUGGGACUAAAAUUUCUUGUGUGACUACCUGAGCCUCAAGGGACUGUUUUAUAACAAUGUUACUUAUCAGAUACUGUUGAGUAAAAUACUGUUGAUACUCACAAAGAGGGGGUUCUCAAUGGAAACAAAGAACUAUGAACUGACAUUGAAACCUCAUACUGUACAGUUAUGCUCUCUGUCCGUGCUGUCUACUGUAUCUGCAUUGACUCUCCAGUGUUACUUAGACCAGUGAGAGAUAUACACUGAUGCUUUGAAGUGAAUCCCUUUGGGGAACGGCUUGAUUUAAUGUACGCACUUCAUUGGUUCUUUGAACCGCAAUCCUCAACAGCCACGAGGCAAACGAAACCAAGCACUGCUAUUUUAUUUUCUUCCAAAGCAUAAGGCAACAAUCUCUGUAUGUCAGCCCUCACCUGCACACUUUUGUCUAUGGAAACUGAUUAAAUCUCUCUUAAAAUAA